GAGUGGUCUUCAAUACAAUACAAAUCCGUGUUUUGGUUGGUAUGGACUGCGAGUGCGCACAAGUGGUAGACAUCUGUAAACAGUGGCCAACAGUUUGUGUCUGUCUUUGAGUCUCUUUGACACCAGUUAUGGCUCACAAAGUGAUUGUCUUGUGAUUGUGUUGUCGUCGAAGUAUAUGAAUCGGAGUGGAAGCGAUCGAUCAGAUGAUGGCAUCGUUUCUGAUGCUCUCAUAUCUAAUUAAAGCCAAAUUCAAGGGAAAGACGUUUGUUUGCCACUCAAUCAUCGGAUCCAUUGUCUUGUUUCAUGUGUUGCCAACGCUAUUGAGUCACUCGAUAUCGCCAUCCGGUUCGUCAACUUGUGGUGAUGUCCUCUGCUUUCACGGCACCUGUCAUGACGGCCGAUGCAUAUGUGAUAAUGGAUGGCAGGGCUCGGCCUGUCAUCGAUGCGGAGGACGGAUCAAACUGGACGCGCCGUCCGGUUAUAUCAGUGAUGGGAUCGGGAACUACAGUACAGACCUUCAGUGCACUUGGAUUAUAGAGAGUGGUAUGAAUGAGUCGGUCAUACGUCUGGAGUUCGUGCACUUCGAGACCGAGUGCUCGUGGGAUCACUUAUACAUCUUCGACGGCGACUCUGUCUUCUCGCCAGUGUUGGCCGCAUUCAGCGGAAUACUCGUCAGAGACGGACACGAGUUCCAGCGGAUCCCCGAAAUCAGUGCCCAUUCCGGAAGAGCUUAUCUAUAUUUUUAUAGCGACGCCGCCUAUAAUAUGAGUGGUUUUAAUAUAUCUUAUAGUAUUAAUACGUGUCCGAAGAACUGUUCCGGUCAUGGCGUGUGUGUCUCGCCAUCGCUCGGCUGCACAUGCGAUGCCGGAUACGAUGGCGAGGCCUGCGAUCGACUCAUCUGUCCCAACGACUGCAGCGGACACGGAGUGUGUGAUAGAGAGCAACACAAAUGCAAUUGUGAUUACGAUUUUGUGGGCAUUGAUUGCAGUCAACCGCAGUUCGAGGGCUUUUGGACUAAUGUUAAUGCCAUCAAAACAGUUAAGGGAAGAGCUCUUCACCAGUCGGUGCUCUACGAGAACUCAAUGUAUGUGACGGGCGGUGAGUACUACGAACCCGAAGAGUUCCUCAUGAGGUUUGAUCUGAAGCUUAAGAAGUGGGAAACCAUCAAAGGCGACAUCGAAUCCGGUGUCGUGCCCUCCGAACGGUUUGGCCAUUCAGUUGUUUUGCACAACAAUAAACUUAUUAUGUUUGGAGGAAUGCUUAAGAACGGAUCCAUUACUCACGAUCUCUGGGCUUACGAUAUAUUGAGACAGAGAUGGGAUCUGUGGGUUGAAGGCGACGACUACUUCUCUCUCUCAUGUGCGAUCGUAAAGGGAGGUUUUGGUCACUCAAGUUGUUACGAUUCGUUAACAAAAGUUAUUUAUGUCUUCGGCGGCUAUCACUCUCUCGGCGCUUCCGAUACUAUACUCGUAGACCUCUUAUAUGGAUAUAAUUAUCGUUUUAAGUCAUGGAUUUUGCUAAACCCGAGCCAAUCGCCGCGAUAUCUUCACAGCGCAACCAUAAUCAAUGGCCUGAUGCUUGUCUACGGCGGCAAUGGGUAUAACGCGAGUCAUUACAACUCAGGCGACCGAUGCUUUUCGCCCCAAUUUCUCUCUUACGAAAUCUCAUGCGACACAUGGCGUACACUGAAAGACCCGUCGCCCGCAAUCCUGUUGAGCGACUCCGGGUUCGGACGUUACGGACACUCAAGUAUCUUAUAUGAAGACUCAAUAUACAUAUUCGGCGGUUUCAAUGGAGUAAUGCUCAGUUCGAUACUUAAAUACUCACCGGGAGAUUGCCGUCGCUUCUCCAUUGCCGACGAGUGCGGACGAGUCAGAGCCGGAACUAAGUGUGUCUGGAAUAAAGACAAAAACGUUUGCCUUCCAUUCAGCGUUCAAAAGACCUCCCAAGCGGUCUCUCUAUACAGUCCUUGCGAUAGUGUUUACGCCAACUUCACUGAGUUGUGCCAAAGGCAGACACUGUGCCCGUCGUGUCUGGCGAACACAUACGGCUGUGUUUGGUGUAGUUCUGGACAAUGCGCUCAUCAGAAGUGUCGUAAAACCGGAGUUAAGGAUGAAAUUAAAAGCAUUAGUGACUCUUCCAGAUGUGAGGACGAUAUUCGGAGCUCUAAUUGUGAUAAACUUCAUAAUUGUCACUCAUGUCAUACAGAAUACCAGUGCGGAUGGCAAAGAGAUUCAAAGUGUUAUACAUUUGUUAGAGAUUUUGACAAUAAAACUGAUAAGAAUGCUCUUCGAGAUGACCUGAAGCCAGUGUGUGAACAGCCCUGUCAUACGCGAACCACGUGUGAGAAUUGUACGGCCGGGUCGUGCAUGUGGUGCAGUUCCACCCGACGGUGCAUUGAAUCCAACGCUUACGCCGCUAUCUUCCCAAUCGCUCAGUGCAUGGAAUGGACAAUACAUCCAUACAAGUGCUCGGGUCUCACCUGUUCUGAUAUACAGAGUUGUGAUCGAUGUCUGAAGAACCCAUUGUGCGGCUGGUGUGACGACGGGACCGGUACUGGUGUUGGCAUCUGUCUGGAGGGCGCCUCCACCGGACCCUAUAAGUGGAACGGAACCCAUUACUCGCUCAUUAUGAGCGCCUGUCCGGCCAAUGACUGGCAUUUCGCACACUGUCCUGAGUGUCAAUGCAAUGGACACUCGCAUUGCUUAUCGCCGAACGUAUGCCAAAAGCCGUGUAACCAUUUGACUGAAGGCAGUCACUGCCAGUACUGUAUGGCCGGCUAUUACGGCAAUCCAAUGAAUGGCGGGAACUGUACUCCGUGUUCGUGUCACAGUCACAGUGUGUUUUGCAACCGAGAGUCCGGCAAAUGUCACUGCACUACGAAAGGCAUUACUGGCCAUCACUGCGAGAAAUGUGACGAACAGAACAACUAUAUCGGGAACCCCGAAGAGGAGGGCGGCUCCUGUUUCUACAACUUAACGAUGGGAUAUCAGUACACAUUCAAUAUGUCUAAACCAGACGACCGCUUCUACACGCGAAUCAAUUUCAUGAACGUUCCGAUGACUCCAGACAUUGACGUCGAGUUCAUGAUUCAGUGCCAGGAAAGCGCUUUAGUGAACAUCUCUAUCGGUUCCGCUACAUUUCCGAUCCGUACUCUUCACGAACGACUCGAAUGCGGAAACUUUAAGCUCCGGUUCUCUCACGACGAGAAUCUCUUCGGCAUUGAAAACACAACCUUUUAUGUGAAUGUUUUCGCUUUUUCCACACCAUUUGUUCUUCAGAUAUCGUUCUCACAGCACAGAACUCUCGAUUUGCUUCAAUUUUUUGUCACAUUUUCGAGUUGUUUCUUAACUCUUUUAAUAAUCGCUGCCAUUCUGUGGAAAAUCAAACAAAAGUAUGAUUUAUAUAGACGUCGACAGCAAUUGUUUGUAGAGAUGGAACAAAUGGCUUCGCGACCGUUCGCAACGGUUGUCAUUCACGUCAAUAGAGAACAAAUCAACUUAAAAGACAACCGAAGCCGUGAUUGUGAUAACCCGACGCCAAUCGCAUUAGAGCCGUGCAAUACCGGGAAAGCGGCCGUCCUUUCACUCAUUGUGCGAAUGCCUACCGGAGGAGCUCUUCCAACGCCAGCGGGUCAAACGGGAAUAGCGAUCGCUUCAGCACUGGUAUCGUUAGGAACGGUCCCAUUGGAGCAUAAGUCCAAUAAAGAGACCGAUUGUCCCAACAAUAAAGUGAUGAAUAGUUCAAAUAAGUUAAACAACUGUCCGACCACUACAACCAACAUGACUGGUGUUUAGCAUACGAUUAUCAUUCAAAUCAAUUCAAUCCAAACAACUCAUCAUUUCGUUUCUCAAAGUCUUUUUAUUAUUAGUUGUCUUUAGAUUUUUAUAUGUAUUUACGAUUCAAACCCUUAUUUUUAUUUAUUUAGAUUUCAAUUGAGAUUAAAAUUGAUUUUUGUAAAUAGUAGUCACAAACCAACCCAACCCCAAACCAGCCCAAACAACCAUGACCAUUUGACCAUUCAAACAAAAUACAAUCAUUGCUUUAAAACACUUUCUCAUCAAUCAGUUAAUGACAAUUGGAUUCAAGAUCUGUGUAAAAACAAUACAACUAUUUAGAGCUAA